AUGCUGGGGAAUCAAGAAACCAAAUUAAACAACCUUGUGGAAUGGUCCAAGCAACAAGGAUCGUCGAUAGACUCGCGGGUGGUAUUCAAAUAUAGCGAAGCUUCGGGAGUUCAUGCAAUUGUCAACGACGACGUUCAAGAGUCAUUUUCACUCAUUCAAGUGUCCAAGAAUAUCCUAAUCACUCCAGACUACGCUACUGAUUAUUUCGGCGUGAAGGAAAAUGACCCAACAAAUAUCAACAAUAGUUGGUUGCAGCUAUUUGUGGCGAAAUUGAAAUUUGACACCAACGAACCAACAAUCUUGACCACAGACGGUGUCAAUUGCUCGGAAAAAUGGAAACAUUACAUUGACUACUUGCCAGAAACUUUAAACAACCCAUUUUGGUGGAAUGAGGAUGAAAAAUCUUUGCUAAAGGGAACCGAUGCCGGGAUUCUCUUGAACAGACAAUACCAAUCAUUGCUCCAAGAAUGGCAAUCCCUCAUCACGGUGAUUUGCCAGAAAUUCCCAAAUUGGGCCACCAUUGGCAACACCGAGUUAGCCAAGCUCCAAGGUUUGACAACUUCCAAACACAAAUUAAAUACAGUUACUUCAUGGUUAAGUUUCCCUGCGUAUCUCUGGGCCGCCAACAUUUUCACCUCCAGAGCGUUUCCGUACUUUAUUAUCAAUGAUCAUGUUAAAGACCUUAACCAAGCAUGUCUCAUACCAAUUUUGGAUUUAUUGAAUCAUAAACAUACUGCAAAAGUCGGUUGGUCGUAUGUAGAUCAUCAAGUGAAUUUCGUCCCGAAACAAUCGUUGAAAUCCGGAGAUGAAUUGUUCAAUAAUUACGGCGACAAAUCAAAUACCGGAUUGCUUUUAGGGUACGGGUUUGUUUUGGAAAAUAACGAAUUCGAUGAGACGUUUGUCACCCUAAAAGUUGACGAGUCGCAAAUUACCGACGCCAAGCAGUUGGGGAUCAAAUUACCGGAGGGCGCAUCUUCUAUUGGGAUCAAUUUCCUGAUCACUAAUAAUGACUGCUUGCCAGAAAACCUCGUGAAUUUUUUUGCGUUUUUAGUACAGUUGAAAAGUGAAAAAGCUAUGAUCACAUUGCGAAUGAAAUUGGACGGCUUAACCCAGCUUGCCAGUAUCAUCAACCAGAAAGUGGAAUUUUACAAAACUCAGGGGAAGAUUAACACCUCAAUGGCCUCCAAAGUCAGUCCAUCGGUGAUCAAGGUGGUGAAAAGUUACAUGCUAUGUCAAAAAAAGCUUUUCCAAAGCUGUUUUGAAGAAAUCGGCAAGCUUGAGAAAUCAUUAUUGAAGAAACACAAGCCAUUAUCAUUCAAGACGGUGCUCAAAAAUGAUAAACCGUUCAUGAAUUCACUUUUACUCACCAUCGGGGUUUCGUCUUACGACACUCUUGUGAAACAGAAAAUCGUCGAUCAAGUGUUUCUUCUUUGGGUGGUAAGAAGUGUCAAUUUAUUCAACGACGGUGAAAAAUCGAGCGUCAAACCACCACAAUUCAUUGUUGACGAGUUUAAACAGGUUGCAAAAUCGAUUGUCGUUACCAAAGAAGACGUUUUGGAAUACCAUCCAUUGUAUAAGACGUUUUUCCCAUCAUUGCCCCAGAAAAUCCCGGAAAUCUAUGGCCAUGGAGAGUGGGGGAUCAAACAGUUUAUUAUUGCCGGCACGGUGGCCGACCGUGUUUGCUAUACCAGAUCCGCCAAUAAUGAGCUAUUCUUACUCGAGCGCAAAGCUGUUUGA